GUACCUCUAAUGACAUUCCUUAUUUGUCUUCACCAACUAUUUGCUAAUAUUUAAUUCAGCGUUCACAAGGAUUUGCUCAGAUUUUCAGAAUCUUAUAUAUAAGACGAUUACAGGAGCGUAAUUAAAAGCAUAUAUCAGUUUUAUUUGUUCACAUAAUGGUGAACCUAAGUGCUUCCUAUAUUAGUUUCUUGCUUUGUUUUACAUGUAUCAACCUGAUUAGCUCCCAUUAUCUGCCUGAAAACCAUGUUGCUUUGUUCAUCUUUGGUGAUUCACUUUUUGAUCCUGGAAACAACAACUAUAUUAACACCACCGCCGAUUUUCGUGCUAAUUUCUAUCCUUACGGCGAGACCUUCUUCAAAUACCCUACUGGCAGAUUCUCAGAUGGUCGACUCAUCCCAGAUUUUAUUGCUCAGUUUGCUGGAAUACCAAUAAUCCCACCAUAUUUACAGCCUGGAAAGCGUAAGUUUACAGAUGGCGUGAACUUUGCUUCAGGUGGAGCCGGUGCUCUCGUUGAAUCCCAUCAAGGAUUUGUUGUGGACUUAGAAACUCAAAUAAAAUACUUCAACAAAGUUGAGAAAUCAUUGAGACAAGAACUAGGAGAUGCAGGUGCCAAGAAAUUGUUGUCCAAAGCUGUUUACUUGAUUAGCAUUGGAGGCAAUGAUUACCUCACCAAAAACUCAAGUGUUUCAGAUGAAGAGUUUGUUUCCACGGUGCUUGGCAACCUCACUGUUGCUCUCAAAGAAAUAUACAAGAAAGGAGGGAGGAAAUUUGGGUUCCCAAAUCUGUUACCACUGGGUUGUUUACCAUACAUGAAAGCACAAUCAGGGGGUUAUUGCAUUGAUGAACUGACAGAUAUAGCUAAACUUCACAAUGCUGAACUUCUCAAAACCCUGGUUAAGUUACAGAACCAGCUUGAAGGGUUCAAAUAUGCUUCUUACAAUUUGUAUCAGCCUUUUACUGAAAGGUUGAACAACCCUUCAAAAUAUGGUUUCAAAGAUGCAACGACAGCAUGUUGCGGGUCUGGUCCGUACAGAGGAGUUUAUAGCUGUGGAGGGAAGAGAGGGAUAGAGGUGUAUGAACUAUGUGAUAAACCUGGUGAUUAUUUCUUCUUUGAUUCAUAUCAUCCCUCGGAAAAGGCCUACCGGCAAUUUGCGGAGUUAAUGUGGGCUGGCAAUACUGAUAUCGUUUGGCCUUACAAUCUUAAAAUGCUAUUUCAAGACAAUGCAUUUUACUGUACCGAUCAGUUCAGCAUUUCAAUGCCGUAGAAUAAUUUUUUUUUUAUUUCGUAUUAAUUCCAAAAAUAAGAUAUUGUGUAUUCGUAUAAUUAUAUUUAUAUAAAAUUUCUUACUUCAAUAUUUUAAUUAUAUCAUCUUUUAUUAUGUUUUAAUGUCGCAUUCAUAUGAUCUUGUAUCUAAAAUCUCGACGUCAGGACGAAGAAACAUUAGGAAAGUCCAAGGAGCAUAUCUUCAAUAACAGUUGCUAAGGUAGGCCAUUUUAGGUUAUAAUAUAAUUUCCUUUUAUGUAUCCUUAUCCAGUAAAGGCUUUUGAUAAGAUCAAGUUGUUAGACUUUUUCUGUCAAACUUUCUUGCUUUAGCAACGAAAAGUGGCAGAUAUGAGCAAUUAUGUUUGUCGUUUUUAUCCUUGUUGUAGAAGGUUGUUUUGUUGCUGUGAGGAAAUAAAAAGAAUAAAAGAAAAGAAAAAUAACUUGUAACUAA